CAAUUUACGUUGAUUAAUCGCGGUUAAAAUGCGUCAAACAAACCGAAGACGGGAAUUUUGAAUAAAAUUAGUGACGUCAUCACAGCCACCAUUCGGUAUAUCGAACCGGAUCACAGAAGCGCAGAACUGUGAGCCGGACAAGAAGAUUGACAUUUGUUGCUGGUGAGGUCGAAAUACUCGGUAACAACAACAAAACCGCCGCGUACGUUUACUAUGAAUAUUGAAAAAGAGCACAACAAGGAGAACUUAUCGCCCUUCAAGAUUAACGAAAAAGUGGUCGUUUCGAUCGACAACAGGUCCUGCACCAAGCCCAACACCCGGAAUUGAUGUCUGUUGCAUGAAGUUAUUGUUUCCACACUCAGGCACAAAUGGUCUACAACAAGUUCAACGCCAUGACCAACAACCAGUUAUGGUUCCGUGGCGUGAGAAGUUCGAAGUUCCGGCACGUCUAUGGCGACCCGGCCCGCCGCGAGAAGUGCUACGACAACCUGCAGAUCACGAAGAACGCGCACGACUCCCAGUUCUGCGCCGUCAACCCGAAGUUCGUGGCCAUCGUCACGGAGGUGGCGGGCGGCGGCGCCUUCGUCGUCAUCCCCAUCCAUUGUACCGGAAGGCUGGACUUCAACGCCAACAGGGUGACCGGCCACACCGGACCCAUACUGGACAUCAAGUGGAACCCGUUCAACGACAACGUUAUCGCUUCCUGUUCCGACGAUUGCACCAUAAAGCUGUGGCACAUUCCGGACGAGGGUCUGUCGAUGCAUCUGACCGAUUGGUUGGUCGAGUUGCAGGGACACAAGAGGAGGGUCGCUUACAUCGAGUGGCAUCCCACCGCCGAGAAUAUUUUGUUCAGUGCCGGGUUUGAUCAUUUGGUUAUCGUUUGGGACAUCGAAAAAGGUGAGGCACUGAACGUGAUCGACUGUCACAGAGACGCCAUCCAUUCCAUGUCGUUGAACAGAGACGGAAGCCUAAUUGCCACCACAUGCAAAGAUAAGAAGCUGAGGGUUAUCGAACCAAGAACCGGAAUCGUCAAAUCUGAGGGAAUAUGUCACUCCGGCUCGAAAGCCAGCAAGGUGGUGUUCCUGGGAUCCACCGGCAAGCUGUUGACCACCGGUUUCUCGAGGCACUCCGACCGCCAGUACUCGGUGUGGGACCAAAACGAUCUGUCGAAAGCUUUGUUCACCGACACGAUCGACAGCUCGUCCGGCAUUGUGUUCCCGUUCUACGAUCCGGACACGAACAUCGUUUUCUUGGCUGGCAAAGGCGACGGCAACAUCCGGUACUACGAGAUCACGGACGAGGCGCCCUACAUACACUUCCUCAACCAGUUCCUGUCCGGGAAUCCCCAGAGGGGACUGGGUUGGAUGCCGAAACGCGGCCUCAACACGUCGCAGUGCGAGAUAUUCCGCUUCUACAAGCUGCACGCCAUCAAAGGCAUAUGCGAACCCAUCAGCAUGAUCGUGCCCCGCAAGAGCGACCAGUUCCACGAGGACCUGUACCCGGACACGGCGGCCGCCCGGCCCGCCCUGUCCGCCCAGGAGUGGAUCAAAGGCGCCAACGCCAUGCCCGUCAUGGUGUCGAUGCGAACCGGCGAGAACAAGCUCAACAUCCCGCUGCUGAAGCAGCGCAACUUCAAGCCGGCUGAGCAGCCGUCCAUCGACAACAACAAGCGGAAGUUCCAGUUCCUGUCGACGGAGACCAUACCGGACUACAGGCCGAAGGACAUGAUCAACGAGAAGAGCCAGAAGACGUCCACCAAUCAAAGUACAAAGUUCCAGCAGCUGCAGCAACGCUUCAGUCAGUUCGAGGCCAACAACAAGGAGUCCAGCCCCUUAAUCAAGGACCAUAUCACCGACAAUAACCUAACGGAGAGUGACCUGAGACUCACCAACGAGCUACAAUCGGACGAAAUCAGGAAACUCAAGAAACAGCUGGCCAACAGUGAGAAGCGGGUUAAGGAGCUGGAGGAGCAGGUGCGCAAGCUCACCCUAAUGCUGGGAAAGUAACCCCCCCUCAACUAGUGCUUUAAUAUGUCACCUAUUCCCGUUCCUUGUUAAUUUAUCUGUAUUUGUAUUUAUAUGUUUGUCAUGUUAAAUUUGUUUGUUUUAUCGGAACGGACACUUAUUGAAUUGAAUUCUUCACUGUACAUUUUAUUAAUUAGUGUUAAUUUACGUAAAUGUAACAUUUACAGUUUUAUUUUUCAUGUGAUAAUACAUUUAAAUUAGUUUUA